GGUCAGCCGAUGCAUUCGCACCACAACAACAAAACAAAAAAGCUGCGGCGUUGAUAUUUAUUUUUUCUUUUAUAAAUUUUAAAGUGUUUUAUUUACAAAUGGACCAGCUAAAAGGCUUAGUUAAGUCCUACGAAGCAUGGGUGGCCAAGAAUCCCGAUGUGGUGGGCGAUUUUGAGACGACGGCCAAAUGGGUGUCAUAUUUUGUGGCAGGCCGUAUAUCCAACUCAAAUGUGCUCUCUGAGCUGGUAUACACAUUAUCUAAUAUACUGGUAUUCUACAACGAUCGCAUCAUCGACAAGGCACGUGGUGCCAGCGAAAACUCUGUGAUCCGUCUGCAAUCCGGCCUUUGCUAUCGUCUAAAGGUCACGCUGACGAGUCUUGAAUAUUGCGAGGUGUUUAUCGAGAUAUCAGCACGACGGCUCUUUGGCCAAAGAGGCAAGUGGUUGGUGAUAGCGCUGAUACAAAUCGUCAAGGCAGCCGGACGCUUGUUUCUGCUGAAACAUUCGACUUUGGACAUUAUCACCUCACCGCCCAUAACAGCUCUGAACCGUCGAGCGCUGAGCAAACAACGAGAAGCACAAGCUUCGGCUGCCGAGAGCCUGCCACAGUCGGAGCAUUCCAUAACAUUCCAGCUAAAGCGCUCGGGUCGCCUCAUUAGAAAAGUCGAGGGUGCACCUCCUAUACAAUAUCGGGAUUUCAAGCUACAUGUGGAUAAUGCAGGUGCGGCUAAGACACAAAUUCCCCGAGAGCUGCUAAAUGCCGAGUACCUGUAUAUUGCCAAACCACUGAUCCAUCUGGCUGCCAUGGGUCUGUUUGGCCAACGCAGCUGGAAGCAGUACAUGAUCGCGUUCUCCAUUGAUUUGUACAGUGUGCAUGUAUAUCGCCAGCAUCGCCACUUAAUGACCCAGAGGCAGAAACUGGAGCUCAGCAGGCGUUGCAUUAAUCUUAUGUAUUUCCUUGUGCGUUCGCCCUUCUACGACAAUUACAGCAAGUCGCGCAUUGAAAGGAUUCUGGGCUUUGUGGCCGAUCAUGUGCCCAUUGCCAAGGUGGUGGCAGGUCCUCUCAAGGAUUACAUUCCACAGUGGCAAAGCACAUACUUCUAUUUGUGGUCAACUUAAGGCUCUGCAACAAGUAUUCCGUUUUAGGUUAAGCUUUAAAGUUAUUUUUAAUGGAUAAACGGGCGGUGAAUAAAAUUAAGGGAUGAAAUGUUUGUUGUCCUUUGAUUUUGUCCCUUCAAUUUUCUUCAUUCGGUUUAAAACGAUGAAUUUAUUUGUGUUUCGUGUGUGUUUGUAUGGCUUUUAAAUUAUAUUUGGAACAAUAUUUGUACACAUACAUUAAA